AUGUCUGAUAUAGAGGAUAAUGACGAUGAUAUGGAGAAAUCACAUGCCAUGAUGGAAGCCUUAAAAAUGAAACUUUGUGAAGUGUUUGACAAUUUUGACAUAUGUCAAAAUGGUGGAACAUGCCAAAUUGGAAGUGGGGAAAGUUUCUGGGAGGUCUGUAAAUGUCCGACCGGGUUCUCUGGUUUAUUCUGUGAAACAACAGGAGCGGUUUCACCGAGAGAUACUAUGUGUAAUAGAGACAGGCAAAGAAUUAGUACCAUUUCGGCUAUUAUGAUGGGAUCUGAACAUAUGAAAGAGAAAAUGGUUCUACAAGAAAUGUUCAACAGAUUUAAACCUCCUCAAAAUAUAAUGUCGACAUACACAUGUGAUGCAGCAGGCAACUAUCAACAGAUUCAGAUGGGAACAACUCUACCGAAGACACUCCAUUCAAUACAGAUAUAUUACUGUGUGGACACAGAUACUGGUAUGAGAAUACGUGGAACACCUGUCACGAUGGUUGACUCAGGAGUAAUGCCAGACUGUACAAUAACCACAGCGUUACCCGAUAUCAUGGGUCUUCCUCGAAUUUGUAUGGUCAGGAACACGACACGCUGCUCUAACGGUGAUGAAUGCCAAUAUUUCUGGAACCAGGAGGAAGGUACAUGUGAUAAAGGCAAAGCAAUGGGUGGUUUCAACCGACUGACAGAUUGUUAUGACAAAUGUUCAAUACAAAAAGGUUGUACGAAUGAUCCAAAUGGUGACAGAGCCAAUACAGAUGGUUUUGUAUGUCAGAAGGGUGUUAUAUCUGGGCCAAAACCAUGCCGAAUGGAAGAUAGUAACGGCGCUGAGUAUGACACGUGUGAUUACGAGAGACAGUUCUGCGAGGUGGAGGACACAGCAUCUGGUCAUAUAGGAAUGUGUAAAACAUUCCCAAGACGUUGCUUGGAUGGGCCUGAAAGCGGUUACGGCGGGAGAACAGUAGGCGCCUAUUAUUUUAACACCAAAACCCGUACAUGUAAAAAGUUCCUGUACAGAGGCAUGGGUGGAAACCUUAACAGAUACUACCACUUAAAACAAUGCCAUACAGAGUGCAGCACUCGUAUGUACAAGUACGAUGAUGCCGUAUGUCCGAUUCCAAAGAUGUUAGAAAUGUCAAUGGACGAAGUUAGUAACUGUGACAGCGAUGAGGACUGUGAAGGCGUGAGUGUCUGCUGUUUUAACGGUAAAGGAAGGAUCUGUACCAAUCCUGUCAGAACGUGUUCAUCUGGCUUGAGAUGCUCCCUUUUUGGAAGUUGUUCCGGGGAUCAGUGCGUAUGCGAUGAUUGUACAGAUAUACCAUUAUCACAGGUAAAAUAGUGUGCUCGUCUAUGUUGACAAUAAAUU